AUCCGAAAACUCCUCCCUCCUCGUCCCUUUCCAACGGUACCUACAUCUGUGUCCGCUACGGGACCGCGCUCGGCGCACACGGAGGGCAAGAACAACAUAUGCAUCACGCGUAAAACGCCUCUAGGUGCAUACCUGAGACGCUGUAAAGAUGUGUUCAUGAAAGAUGGUUAUCGGACACUGCACCUCAGCGCCAUGGGCGCGGCCAUUCCCCACCUCAUGCAGCUCGCACUCUCCAUACCCGAGAUUCUCCCGUUCCCCCAAGAUGAAGUCCGCACCGAAGUGUUCACGGGCACGGUCGAAGUGGAUGACGAGGUGAUCCCAGAGGAUGAGGACGAAGACAUCACAUAUCGGUCAAGAGGGAAGUCCUCCGUGAGCGUCGUGAUUAUUGUGGGAGAUGGC